UGCUGUGUGAAGCUCAGGAGUAGAUCUAGAUCAAGUGUCUGAGAAAAAUUAUCAACUUUUUUUACUUGUGUGUGUUUAAAAUAAAAUGUCAUUAGAUAAACUGGUUAAGAGUCUUAGAUCAUACAAGCUUUUCUUCUUAUUAUGUUUAAGUGGAGCUUUUGUAUUCGUAUUUGUGAAUUAUGUGACGUGGUAUUGGUCGAUUCCUAGUGAGUUCAAUGAUUCUGGGGAUACACCGUUUUACGUUCCGGGAGAGUUCAAGUCUUGCCCAAACGUUUUAGAUAGAAUGGUGACCGGACAUUGGUCAGUCAGGAAUUAUUCUAUGAAGGAGCUAGAAGAAGUAGAGAAUGGAUUAAAACGACUGAGACAAUUUUAUAAAUUACCCGAGACUUUACAGAGGGCGGAUGGAAAAUGUGGAUCGGUAACAUACGAGGGAUUGUAUUGGUUUAGAGCUUUAUGUAACCCUAAAGGUCCGACACCGUGUUGCUAUAACAACGUAUGUGCCAAUAAAACUGUACAAGAGUGCCAGUGUCCACAGUGUUAUGACUUCAGGACAAAACUUCACGCCGAGUUAGCAGAUUGGAUACCAGAAGACCCGACAUGUAAGAUGUUAAAAUUUGCGAAGGAGGAGGAUAUUUGUUCAGCUCUACAAAAUGCUACCAUUUAUUUGGUCGGGGACUCCUUCAUGAGACACUUGUGUAUAUCUGUUUUAAAUUUAAUCUAUCAGAACGAAACAGAUAAAGUCUACAGAGAGAAUGCCGGGGAAGCUGAGAAAAAAAAAUGUGACAUCCACUACAGAUUUGUGGCAGAGUGUAGUGGCUAUCUGCACAGUGACCUACUCACAUGUGGAAACACUACCAGAAUUCACUGCCAAGAGUUAUGGCGAGCUGACAUGGUCAACGACGUGGUCAAACUGUUUCGGCAACUCCGGGGACAAAAUAACUCCUGGUUUAUCUUUGGAAUAGGAGCACAUGACAGCUUUAAUACAGACUACGUCCAGAAGAAGAUGAUCGAUCCACUGCUCGCCGAGUUGGCUCAAUCUGAUUGGCCAAAACUGGUAUGGUACGAGCCUCAUUCUGACGGACUGAUGAAGUCGCCAAACGUACCCGCCCAGCUGGGUCCCAAUCGCAUCAUUUAUAAUAACAAGGUCAAGGACUAUAUGGACCAACACAACGUGUCCGUCUUGCGAUUUUUUAACCUGACACGUCCAGUGGUCAGUUAUGACGGAUCCCAUUACGGCAAAGGCGUGAACGACGUCAAACUACAGAUUAUAUUAAAUUAUUUAUUGGAAGAAAGAAGCAGGGCCAGCCAUUAAUAGAAUUGCAUUAGUUAUAUGUUCUAUGUUCUAGAUGCUUUUGAAAGUGUGUGAGUUGAUGUGCUUGGGAAUGUCUGACAUGGUGCCAACUUUUAGUUGGGUCUUCUUGCCAAUCCUCGUGGUGCGUUCAUUGUUCAUGGAGUGGAGAAAUGGAAAAAAAAAAGAUGAAGGGGGAAAAGACCAAGUCGAGACUUUUUAUAAUGAACUUAUUUAUUGUAUUUAUUACUAGCAUUGUGUGAACAUUUUUGUUUCAAUUGAAGAUGUUGUGGUAUUUAUGUGUCUACCGAAAAGAAACAGAGAGAUUAAGAGAGAGGGAGAGAGGGAGAGAGUGAUAUAUAUAUAUAUAGAGAGAGAGAAAGAGUGAGAGAGAGCGGAAGAAAAAGACGGCUAAUGAGAGGGAGGAAAGUGAAAGAAAGAGAGAGAAAAAAAUGCGAUUGAGAAGAGAGAAGGUGAACGAGAGAGAGAGAGAGAGAGUGAAAGUGAUUGGAAAGAAGUCUUAAAGUUAUACAAAAAAAAAAACAAAAAAAAAAACAACUAAAACAGUAGUAUCAUUUAAAAAAAAACAAUCAGUCAUUCUGUUGUAACAUCUGAAGUGUGAUUUGUUCAAGAUGUUAACGAUUUGCAAUCAAGAGAGAGCCAAAUAAGACAGAGUCUCUAGUCUAAGAGAUGCCGCCUUAGGCCUAGUUGUAAAGCAUUGCUGUCUUUAAGACCAUUGAUUUGGCCCGAUCGUUACAAAAUAUUUAUUUAAUCUUUUGACAAGAAAGCUCAGAACGAGUGCAGAUGUUCUUUCCCUGCAGGGUUUGUAAUGGCUUUUGUUAUAGUCUAUUUACUUGACUAAAUCAAUACUGACACAGAAGCUGUCCACCUUUAAGAGCGUAAUGUCACUGCUUAGUGCCUAUACUAUUAUGUUAACAAGAAAGACUGCUAUUAACAGUUUUCUAAAAAAUUCUGAUUAUUUUAAUCUAGAUCUCAGCAUUAGCCUUUGAGUACUAGGUCAAAUUAGGUCAAAGUCAAUCAAUACUGAUCAAUAUACAAUUCAAACAGUAGUUAAAAUACACACAAUGCUCUCUCUACUCCUGCUCAAAGCACCAUCACCUUUCCAAAAGCUCUACUUGUUGCUAGUCUUGGAUGACUUGAAGAAAACGACACGUGAUCAAUAUUUUAUUUAGCAAAAGCUACAAGUGAGGGAUUUCUAAAUCGAUUCUUUGCUGAAUUAAAGGUUGUUUCAACAUAUCUUCAUUGAAAAUAUUUUUUUACAAUAGAAACAAAGUACAUCUUGAUAACCUAAUUAGGCGUUUUCCUACAAAUGAGAAAUUGUGAUAGCUUUGAUUUUUUCCCAUUGAUUCUUCAUUUCCGGACGAAACUAUUUGCUUUUCUAUGUUUGUUUAAGCCACUCAAUAAUUCAACCCAAGUACGAGUAGAUUUGAUCAAUGGUUCCUAAGAAACGUAUACAAUCUAUUUUGAAUGUUAGCGUAGGCUUACACCAUUGUUUCUCAAACUUCUUCCUGUGAUGACUCCCUUAAAAAUAAAUUGGUUCGUUACCGCUCCUUUAAGCAGUUA